AUGUUUCAAGCUUGUCCCCCUGUCGCUUCAUAUUGGGUCUAUGAUCGAAGAUGGUCAAAAGUGGACUCUUCAUACUGGGCCUAUGAUCGAAGAUGUUCAGAAGUGGACUUGAUCCAUGUUUUGCUGACCGUAAACGGCCUUUCUGAUUAUCAGUGGCCGAAGGAAUCAGUGUUGAAUCAAAAGUGGCUAAACAUUCAAGUCUACCUCUCUCCGCGAUAUUCUACGAAGGAGUUCUGCGAUUUGGCGCUGAUGUUUCUUCCGAUCAGAAUGACGACUGAGGAACACAAAAAAUACGGUGCUACUUUGUGGUUUGAGACUAUGUGGAAGAUGUAUGAGGUGGUUGAAAUGGGAAGUAAAUGGGGUGACGAACUACCAAAUUUGUUUGCAACACUUGCUUAUAACAAUCCUGACUUCAUGGAUUGGUCGCCAUUAUAUGACACGAUAUUUACGCGAACUAUUCGUUCAUUGGGGCUUAGUAUACGUGAGGGAAAAGUUUUAGUUGGGGAAACUGUUGGUGCGUUAAGUGUGGGCGGUUUAGCUCGAAUGGUAGUAGCGACGUUAGGUGGCCCAUAUGGGUGUCAAAAACAUCUAGAAAGAAUGAUGCAGUUGAUUGAGCCGUUUAUGCAUCCUUCAAAUGAAAGUAGCCAUACUCUUCUUGUACUAGUCUUUUUACAAAAUGUUCUUCAAGAAAUGGUCAACCGAUACAGAGAAGAAAGGAUUAAAAAGAAUAAACGAACGGUUCCAAUAAAGUUUUACUUAACUGACGAUGAUAUUGACAAUUUUACUGAUGCUAUACUGCAGUCAUUGCUCUAUUCACUUUAUACAAAAGACGGUAGAGCAAGCAAAGCACCCGCGAGAUUAGUAAUGAUACUUGGAUCGUUAUGCCCAGGACGUGUGUUCCCGAGAUUUUUCGAGCAUGCAUAUACUGCCAUCUUUGCCGUUGAUGAGCCACACCGUCUUACGCAAACAAUGAAUUGCCUCUUUGAAAUGGUUUUUCUAAUCGCUCACGAUGACGAUCCUAACACGAAGAGAUUGGCGUGUCAAAGGGACUGGAUCGAAGAAAUGGAAAAGGCUCGCUCACCAGUAUCGUCAAUAGCUAAAUACUCGUUGAAAAAGCUAAAUGAAUCUGUGCCAUUUAAGAUGAAAGAAAGCCUUACCGGGUUUCGCUGCCAUUUGUUUUACUUUCUAGAGUUGCUAAUUGAAGGUAUCGAUAUAAAUGAUGUUGCGAAAGCUAAUAUCGCCAUACACAAUCUUAUGCUCAUUUUCUUCAUAGUCCCCAUCCUCGAUUAUUCUGAAUGCAUCAAGUAUCAUAAAGAUUUGACUAACGAAGAAAAGGCUUUAUGCGUAAUGUCUGUACGGCUACCCAUUCUUGCCGAAAUGGCACUUGAUAAGAUGCUUGGUAUUAUUGAGUCCCUAGCUGUGACUGCACCGAAAGAUUCGUCAACUGUGAUUGGAAGUUUUAAGGAUGUUGUAACAAAGGAAGGCAGCGAAGAGAAAAUCUUGAAAAAAGCAAUCAACCGCUGUUUUUCGGCUAUUUUCAAGAAUUCUAGUGAUGUGGUUACGGCGAAACUUGGACGUAAAGUCUUGGAAUUCGUGAAGACAAACCAGUUUGAAAGCUCACUUGCGACUGAUAUGCUAUCUUCUGUGGUAGCUUCAAUGACCUAUGUUGGUUUAUAUGCACUCAUGCUCGCUGAUACAAUGUGGCAUAUACAAAUUGGAUUCAUUUAA